GAGCCUGAAGUCCACACGUUCUUUGAACCGACAACACAGACUUGGUCUUGGAUAGUGGCAGAUCCAAGAUCUCACGAUGCAGUAAUCAUAAAUCCAGUACUCGACAAGAAAACCGCAGCAGAAAUCGCAACUACAGGAGCAGACAGGAUACUAGAAGUCGUUCACCAGCAUGGCUACCACAUUACACGCAUCCUCGAAACACACUCUCAGCGAGACUCACAAACAGCGGCGUGGUAUUUGCGUAGUCAACUCAGAGACAAGACUGGCCAGGCUCCCAGAAUAUGCACAGGAAACGCCAUAGCUGGCGUCCAGAGAAUGUUUGCGCGACAAUACGGAACCACAUUAGGGACCUCGGGAUUCAAUUCUUUCCAAGAUGGCCAGACAUUCAGCAUCGGCAGUCUUCAGUGCGAGGUCCUACUUCUUUCCGAGCAGAAUCCUCGAAGCUUCGCGUUUGUAAUUGGAUGCAAUGUCUUCAUCGGCGACGUAACACACCAU